AUGGCCCAGGAGGACGAGGCGGCGGCGGCGGAGGCGGAGGCGGAGAGCGGCGGGCUCCUGCUGGAGAUCCUGAGCUCGCCGCUCAACCUGAGCCUGCUGGGCCUCUGCCUCUUCCUGCUCUACCAGAUCCUGCGCGGCGAGCGGCCCCCGCGCCAGCCCGACGCCGCCGAGCCGCCGCCGCCGCCCAAGCUCAAGCGCCGCGACUUCACCCUGGCGCAGCUGCGGCCCUACGACGGGGUGCAGGACCCGCGCAUCCUCAUGGCCAUCAACGGCAAAGUCUUCGACGUGAGCCGCGCCAGGAAGUUCUACGGGCCCGAGGGCCCAUAUGGAAUUUUUGCUGGAAGGGAUGCAUCCAGAGGUCUUGCCACAUUCUGUCUGGAUAAGGAGGCUCUGAAGGAUGAAUAUGAUGACCUGUCUGAUCUCAACGCUACGCAGCAAGAGACCCUGAGAGACUGGGAAUCACAGUUCACUUUUAAGUAUCACUACGUUGGCAAACUGCUGAAGGAAGGAGAGGAACCCACCGUAUACUCAGAUGAAGAAGAAAAAGAAGAUGCUAAAGAUCAAAAGAGAGACUAGAGAAUGCAGUGAGGAACAAUAUUUUUGUAUCUUAAGGGACCAUUUGUAACAUUCCAGUUCUGUUUUACAAGUUGUAACAUCAACAGUAGUUAGAAAAGGUACAGACUUGCUGUGAAUUGGAUUGCUUUUAAAACCAUUUUAAAUCUAAAUUUACCAGUAACAUAAACAAGAUUAAAUUUCUUCCAUAAAAACUGCAUGACCUAACAUUCUGUAGGACAAAAAGCACCAGGACAGUGCAAAAGUGAACUGCAACUUUGUACUAAGAAGUUAUUUCUGUUUUUUCUUCCAUCAGAGUAGGUUGAAAUCAAAAAAUCUUCUAUUUAAUGACUAAGGCCCCAAUCCUGCAAACACUGAAGCAUAAGAGUAACUUUACACAUGAGUAGUUAUUCUACACUGAACUCAAUGGAAGAGCUUGCAGGAUCUGGGCUUUAGAUUAUAAUUUCUAUGGGGCAGGGACCAUGUCCAUAAAGCAUCAUACCUAUCUAUGGUGCUAUAUAAAUAAUAAUUUUAAUGGCAGAUAAAACUGACAUUUUAAAAAGAUUUACCACAAGCCUAUAGGGGAAUCACUGAACAUGAACGGUUUUUAAAAAAAAUCCUCUUUUGUUCAGAGAGGCAGUGUGGCCACAGUGGCUCAAGCUAGCCAUCCAAGUACAACCCCAUCCAAGAUCCUAGGUAUGUAUUUGAGUAGCGAGCCUCAGUCACUGUCCGUGCCAUGGCAGUCAUGUUAUUUUAGCAUGCGAGCUUGAUCAAAGCUACCAUGUAUAUGUCUACCUGGCACAGAAAUACACCCAGUGGCAGCGAAGACACACCCCAUGUUUAUUGACAGCCACGUAACUGGAUUAAUGAUUUUUGUUGUGUUUACCUCUAAAGCAUAUCUGAAAUGUUACAAAAGUUUUGGUAUUGAUUAUAAGUUGGACCUCCCACCUAGAGAGGGGCAUGACUCAGCUAUGACUACUGUUCAUUCACUUUUCCGCUUAGCAAAACUAUUCUAGGGACUGAUCCCAAAAUUUAAUCUAGAUGAAAUUUUUUUUUAUUGGCAAACCUCCUAAUGUAGACACAGCUUGUGCCAGCAAAAGAGUGCUAAAGCUGGUACAGUUCAUCCCAGUUCCCAGAACAAAAUAAGUUAUACCAGCAAAAGCACUUUAUUGCCAGUACAACUGCAUCUACACUAAUGCUUUUGCUGGUAUAGAAGUGUCAUUUGAAAAAACAUGGCAUCCCUAACUGACAUUACUAUACCAGCAAGUUUCUAGGGUAGAGCUGGCUCUAGAAUUGUUUUUUAGCGUGUUACUUUGUCUCAUAACUCACGUCCAGGCUUGUUUUUUAGCAGGUUCUUCCUUACUGAGUAACCAAGUCACAUACCAAAAAGGGGAAUUGAGAAUGUCUUUGCCCAGUGAGGAGGGUCAACAUACUGUUAGGACACUGAAGAAAUAUUUCAGAUUGUUAGUGGAAAUUUCAAGGAAUUAAUGACCCACUGAUCCCUCAUGGAAUGCAUUCCUUGUCGAAACACUUUUGCUUGAAUGUUGUGCGUGCUCUGUAGUUCUCCAUGGUUCCCUCUCUGUCAGAUCCUGCUGUUGGAUUCAAUUAAGCAAGUCAGCGUAGGUCCUUGAUUUUUAGCUUGUUUCCCUUCUGAGUCCAACAGACCUGAGUUCAUUGGCCUUCAGGACAUGUUUCAAGUUACCUAUUCACUUAAGCCUCUGCUACAAGAGAGGCACUUUUUUUUUUUUUUUUUUUUUU